AUGGCCUCUCUAAGUGAUAUGUCUGCUUUCGAGCAAUGGCUCGACAAAGCUGCAAUUCGCGGCCCUAACCGUGUCAUUCCCAUCUCCGUCGCCAUCGCCGUGGCUAAAGAUGCCAUGAUGAUGAUGUGUCUCACCCUCUCCGUCACUACUGCCCUCAUUUCGCCGGCGCACACACCAACCCCCCUCUUCCCAAUCCCAAUCUCGGCACGCCGCAGCCCGCCUCAGCCCGGGCAGCCCGGCCACGCACGCCGCACCCCUCCCCCACCGCACAGCGCACAGCGCACAGCGCACAGCACAUCACCGCUUACCGCACAGCGCAUCACCGCACAGCGCACAGCGCACAGCGCAUUCCCCCACCCGGCCACCCGGCCACCUCCGAGACCGAACGCGCUGGGGGGGGACACCAAUCAAGACGGGCAUCGAUACCGGAUGUAA